AUGAGGAAUUUGGCACAAAGUGCUGGGGGAACACAUGAAGUAGGAUUCCUAAAGAAAGACUUAUACAACACCUGUGAGAAGUUUAAAAGAGAAGAAAUAAAGGACGGAGAUACAGAAAUUGUGUUGCCUUAUUUACUUGGAAAAACGGCCUCAGACCCAUCUUUUUUUCUUAGAUACACACGAGAUGACCAUGAUGGGAUUGACAAAAUGUUUUGGUGUGAUGGAAUAUGCCAAGCAGAUUACAAGGCUUUCGGGAAGGUAAUAGAGUUUGACACGACUUACAAAGUCAAUGCAUACCAGAAACCAUUCGUUGUUGUCGUUGGAGUAAAUCAUUAUAGGAAGACUGUACCCUUAGGUGUUGCGUUGAUUGGGACUAAAAAACCUGACACAUACAUAUGGGUUCUAGAACCAUUAAAUGAGGCAGGUGGCAAUGUUACUCCAUAUAUUGUAGUCACAAAUGGGGACAAGGCCAUGGCUAUAGCUAUUGAGGAGGUUUUUCCACAUGUGCAUCAUAGGUUAUGUCUGUGGCAUCUUAUGUGCAACAUCAAGGGCCACACAAACAAACGGUUUUGCAGUAGUUUUAUGAAAUGUGUAGACGGUGCUCGUACACCAGCUGAGUUUGAAGAGGCUUGGGAAGACUUAAUAAAAGCAUACGAUGCAGUGAGAGAUAAAAAGUGGGCACAAGAUCUGUACAAUAACAAGGAAAAAAGGGCGGAUGCUUUCAUGGUGGGACAAUUUUAUGUAGAAUCGCAGUACCUUGUAACAUUGUGUCAACUAGAAGAAUUUAUGUCAUUAGUAAAAGGUUUUCCAAGAGAGAAAAAGGAUAAAGUAGAGGCUUUGGGUUUUGGGUUUCUGUUACACUACAACACUAAGAAAACGAGAAAGACUAUGGUCAAGCGGGUUAUAGUCCACUUUGAUCUGUCAACAAGAACAUCAGGUGUUUAUGGGGAUAAAAUACAGAUCACAAACACCCAUGUUGAGUAA